AAUUUUCAAUUUAGGGGUUAAAGUAUAAGUUCUGAAUAUAACUAUUUAUUUUAAUCGAAAUCAUAAAAUUGGGGGACUAAGUUGAAGCUUUUGAAAACUUAAGUGACCCUAAUCAGAUUUGUAUUCUUUCCCUGCCCAAAUCAGAACUAAUAUAAAAAUUGUUGGACCUAGGUGCAAUUUUAAAUGUUUUUAAACAAAACACUUCCGCUCCCUCUCUUCAGUAGUCGGUGUUACAAACCCUAAUCCAUUUCCGGCGCCACGAAGAACUCCGGCAGAAUCCGUUGGAGCCCAUUCUAAUCCGUCCCGUUCGAUAAAUCGCCGCCACAUUGCCGGAAAUUUGUCGCGGUGGCCUCCUUUACGGUUUCACUAACCCCGUUCCGUCCGAUACAGCGGCGUUCCGGUGAAGCAUGCGUACAGCAGUUGUAAACUUGUAAUUGCUCAAGGAAUUCUCCUUUGGAAUAGGUAUUAUCCAGUUGUUUCUGGUUUAUUGAACUUUAUUUUUGCCUAAUAUUGGAUUGAAUUUGAGGGUUUUACGAGAAUAUUUUAUGUUUGCGUAUGCACAGUUGAUUAAUUGAUUUUCUCUCUGCAUUCUAAUCAUUUUUAAUUCAUGCUAAUUUGAGUACUGUUUGCUAUUAUCACCAGCUUGCUACGUACCUUAUCGGCUUGUCGGCUCUGUCAGCUGAAAUUCGUCUAUUCUAAGUAUGGAGGUUGAUGUAGGGAUGCUAAAACCCAUCCCAUUGCCUCAAACACAGUGCAAAAGAAGAAGAAUUUCUAUGAAUUGUUCAGAUACUUCCGCUUCAUGUAACACCUCGCAUGAAGUUGAAAAUUCUUUACCAACAUUGAAGUGUUCUGAUUACUACACAAAACCUUGCUUAAGUGAGUUGGCUACUCGGGAGUUAAUGGAUCCUGGUUAUUGCAGCAGAGUCCAAGAUUUUGUUGUUGGAAGGGUCGGCUAUGGAUACAUUAAGUUUACUGGUCAGACAGAUGUUAGAUGUUUGGAUUUGGACUGCAUCGUCAAGUUCAAUAGGUGUGAAGUUGUUGUAUAUGAAGACGACAGUUCCAAACCUUUAGUUGGUCAGGGUCUUAACAAGCCAGCUGAAGUAACUCUACUACUACGAUUAAAAUCUUUGAAAAGUUUAACCGCGGAUUGCUUAAGAGAUAUCAGGGAAAAGUUGAAGUGCAAGAGCCAGAGUCAAGGGGCACAAUUUAUUUCAUUUGACCCAGUCAGUGGUGAAUGGAAAUUUUUAGUGCAGCAUUUUAGCAGAUUCGGUUUGGGUGAAGAAGAUGAAGAGGAUAUUCCAAUGGAUGACGUGUCGCCCGCUGAAGAUCACGCAGACAUGAACGGUAGCGAUAUGUCAGAUAUGUAUGAAGAGGAUGCUUCAGUAGACAGGACUCUACUUUCACAUUCUCUUCCUACUAAUCUCGGUCUCGAUCCUGUCAGGAUGAAUGAUUUGAGGAUGAUGUUGUUUUCUUCAGAGCAAGACGAGGUAGAGGGUCUCAAUAACAUGUUUUCACAUGAUAUUUCACCUUUUGCUAAAGAAACCUCAAGAUCUCCAUUAUUACAGCAUUCAUCUAAAAAGUCAGCUCGGAAGACGAAUACCCCUCUUACUCGCAAGACUCCUUUAGCUAUAAAAGAGUAUAACCCUGGAAAUUUUAGCUCUAGUUCACCUGGAGGUAUUUUAAUGGUCCAACAGAAUAAAGGCUUGCAUCUACCAGUAGCAAAAUCUGUAGGUUUUGAGCUGCAUCUUAAGAAUAAUACACCAGUAACUGAAAGCCAUUCUCGUAAUAUAGUUGACGCGGCAUUAUUUAUGGGCAGAUCAUUUCGAGUAGGUUGGGGACCUAACGGGGUCCUUGUUCAUUCUGGUAUGCCUAUUGGUAAUAAUGAUACUGAUGUUGUGUUAUCGUCAAUUAUCAAUGUCGAAAAGGUUGCAAUUGAUAAAGUGACAAGAGAUGAAAACGGUAAAGUUAGGGAGGAACUCACUGAUUUUUGUUUCAGCUCUCCCCUCAGUCUUCACAAGGAAUUGAGUCACGAGACCAGAAAAGUUGAACUGGGAACCUUUGAGCUGAAACUUCAAAAGCUUGUCUGCGACCGUUUGACUCUGCCAGAUAUUUGUCGAAGAUAUAUAGACACCAUUGAGAGGAAACUAGAGGUACCUAGUCUAUCAUCUGCUUCUCGUGUUUUGUUGAUGCACCAAGUAUUGGUCUGGGAACUGAUUAAAGUUCUCUUUUCAACGAGAAAAACGUGUGAGCAAUUGAAGACUAUGGAAGAUGAAGAGGAGGAUAUGAUAACAGAUGGGAGGGAAAGUUAUCCCAAUGUUGAAGAUGAAGCACUUCCACUUAUUAGGCGAGCAGAAUUUAGUUAUUGGCUUCAAGAGAGUGUUUAUCACCGUGUUCAAGAGGAAGUGAGUUCGCUAGAUGAGUUGAGUGAUUUAGAGCAUAUAUUUUUGCUUCUUACCGGUCGGCAACUGGAUUCUGCUGUAGUACUUGCUGCUUCGAGAGGUGAUGUGAGACUGUCUUGCCUUUUGAGCCAGGCCGGUGGGUCCCACGCAAAUCGUGCUGAUAUUGCCCAUCAGCUUGAUCUUUGGAGGAAAAACGGGCUGGAUUUUAAUUUUUUUGAGGAGGAUAGGGUGAGGCUUCUUGAAUUACUUUCUGGCAACAUUCAUGGAGCUUUGCGUGGUGUAAAAAUCGACUGGAAGAGGUUCUUGGGGCUGUUAAUGUGGUAUCAGCUUCCGUGCGACAUUUCAUUACCUGAUGUUUUUAAUACCUACCAGAAGCUUCUUAAUGACGGAAAUGCUCCAUAUCCUGUUCCGGUUUACAUCGAUGAAGGACCAAUAGAAGAUGUGAGCGAUUGGGCUGUGAAUGGUCGUUUUGACCUUGCGUAUUAUCUUAUGCUUCUUCACGCCAGGCAAGAGAACGACUUUGGUGCUUUGAAGACCAUGUUCAGUGCCUUUGCCUCGACUAAUGACCCGCUUGACUAUCACAUGAUUUGGCAUCAGCGUGCAGUUUUGGAGGCCAUUGGCACUUUCAGUUCAAAGGAUCUUCAUGUUCUUGACAUGGCAUUUGUUUCUCAGUUGCUCUGUCUUGGGCAAUGUCAUUGGGCUAUCUAUGUUGUGCUUCACAUGCCUCACCGUGAAGAUUAUCCUUAUCUGCAAACUAUUGCCAUAAGGGAAAUCCUCUUCCAGUAUUGUGAAGUUUGGAGUACUCAGGACUCGCAAUGGGAGUUCAUCGAAAAUCUAGGCAUUCCUUCGGCAUGGUUGCACGAAGCUUUGGCAAUAUUUUUCAGUUACACUCGUGACCUCCCAAAAGCUUUGGAUCACUUUCUUGAAUGUGGAAACUGGCAGAGAGCACAUUCCAUCUUCUUCACUUCAGUUGCCCAUUCUCUGUUUUUGUCUGCAAAACAUUCAGAGAUUUGGAGGCUUGCAACACCCAUGGAGAAUAACAAGUCGGAAAUCGAAGAUUGGGACCUCGGUGCUGGAAUUUACAUUUCAUUUUAUACAUUAAGAAGUUCCUUGCAGGAAGAUAGCAACACCAUGACUGAAGUGGAAACUCUUGAAAACAAAAAGGAUGCAUACGACUUUAUUGGUCGGCUAAACAAGUCUUUGGCAAUUUGGGAGAGCAAAUUAUCAGUUGAUGCAAGAGUGGUGUACUCGAAGAUGGCAGAAGAGAUUUGCAAUCUGCUUAUUUCCGAUAGCAACGAGGGGUCAACAAGUGAGCUUCAGCUUGACUGCUUCAACACUGUUAUGAGGGCACCUUUGCCCCACGAUCUCCGUUCUUGCCAUUUGCAAGACGCUGUUUCAGUUUUUACUACUUAUCUUUCUGAAAUUUCUCAGUAGCCACCUUCUUUCUAACCGUUCUUUUUUUGGUUUCUCGGUUAAAUUUUGUAAUUAUGGGGUGCUUGUUAUUCGAACCUGAGGAUUCCUUGUUUGGCGGAAAUUUACAUUCGUGUGGCUUUCGAGAACUAAUUUUUUUUUUAUUAUGUUCCA